CUCACAGAGGACAUGGUGGAUGGUGCUGGUGUGAGGAGGAGAGCAGCAGCAUUUCAAUGAGGGCCGGGCUAAUGCAAAUCACUGCAAUAGCAGCAGAAGGAAAGCAGCUGCAGCCUCCACUCAGCAAGAUCAGCGGCAGCUCAUCCAGUCAGGGGGCCAGGAGAUACACAACAAAGACCCUCCAGCCUGUCUGCCAGCACAAUACCAUUAACUACAAUCACACAGGAGACAUUUACUGCCUGAGCCCUUUAAUAUACUCAGAAAUCCAAUCAAGAACACGCUGACUGAGGGAUCCCUAGGAAGGCAAAUUGAAUCCUUAAAAUGUCCUUGGGGAGAGAUAUGGAACUUGAGCAUUUUGAUGAGCGCGAUAAAGCUCAAAGGUACAGCAAAGGAUCCCGGGCGAAUGGCUUGCCAAGUCCUACCCAUAGUGCCCACUGCAGUUUCUACAGAACUCGCACGCUUCAGGCCCUGAGUUCUGAAAAGAAAGCCAAGAAAGUCCGAUUCUAUCGUAACGGAGAUCGAUAUUUUAAAGGCAUCGUGUAUGCAAUUUCCCCAGAUCGAUUUAGAUCUUUUGAAGCUCUUCUGGCUGAUCUGACCAGGACUUUGUCGGAUAACGUUAACCUACCCCAGGGAGUGAGAACUAUCUAUACUGUGGAUGGAUGCAAGAAGAUAACUUCUUUGGAUCAGCUGGUGGAAGGGGAAAGUUAUGUAUGUGGAUCUAUUGAACCUUUCAAAAAACUUGACUACACAAAGAAUGUAAACCCGAACUGGUCAGUGAAUGUGAAGACCACCACCGCCCCUCGUUCUGCGCAACCGCUUGCUGCUCCCAAACCAAACAUCACUGAGGCAAGAGAGAACAAGGAUUUCAUUAGGCCAAAGCUUGUAACCAUCAUCAGGAGUGGCGUGAAGCCCCGAAAAGCUGUUCGGAUUCUACUGAACAAAAAGACAGCUCAUUCCUUUGAGCAAGUCCUUACCGAUAUCACUGAUGCCAUAAAGCUAGAUUCUGGAGUUGUGAAGAGACUGUACACACUGGAUGGAAAACAGGUGUUGUGCCUCCUGGAUUUCUUUGGAGACGAUGAUAUUUUUAUUGCUUGCGGACCAGAAAAGUUCCGUUACCAGGAUGAUUUCUUGCUAGAUGAGAGCGAAUGCCGGGUUAUAAAAUCCACGUCAUACACAAAGCUUCCCGGUGUGCCACGGAGGAGUACCACCAAGAGUCCUGGUCCAUCCCGCCGCAGCAAAUCCCCUGCAUCCACCAGCUCAGUCAAUGGGACCCCAGGGAGUCAGCUGUCUACCCCUCGCUCUGGAAAGUCGCCAAGUCCAUCACCCACCAGUCCGGGGAGCCUGAGGAAACAGAGGGGCUCUCAGCACAGCGGCUCUUCUACCUCAUUAGCAUCCACCAAAGUCUGCAGCUCCAUGGAUGAAAGUGAUGUGGUAGUAGAAGAUAUUAUGGAUGAAGGUUUCCAGGUACCCAUUUCCAUAUCCGAGCGGUAUAAGGUUGGCAGGACCAUAGGAGAUGGAAAUUUUGCAAUUGUGAAAGAGUGUAUAGAGAGAUCCACUGGUAGAGAAUAUGCACUGAAAAUCAUUAAUAAAAGCAAAUGCAGAGGAAAAGAGCAUAUGAUUCAGAAUGAGGUUUCUAUACUGAGGAGAGUGAAACAUCCCAAUAUUGUUCUGCUUAUCGAGGAGAUGGACAUGCCCAGCGAACUCUACCUGGUCAUGGAACUUGUGAAAGGAGGAGAUUUAUUUGAUGCCAUUACUUCUACCAACAAAUACACUGAGCGUGACGCCAAUGGGAUGCUGUAUAACCUCAUGAGCGCUAUCAAGUAUCUGCACAGCCUCAACAUAGUCCACAGGGAUAUCAAGCCUGAGAACCUGCUGGUUUAUGAACACCAGGAUGGAAGUAAAUCACUGAAACUUGGAGACUUUGGACUCGCGACUGUGGUUGAUGGACCUCUUUACACUGUGUGUGGAACCCCAACAUAUGUAGCUCCAGAAAUCAUUGCUGAAGCUGGGUACGGCCUGAAAGUGGAUAUAUGGGCGGCUGGUGUUAUCACAUAUAUACUGCUUUGCGGCUUCCCUCCUUUCCGUGGAAGUGCCGAUGACCAGGAGGUACUUUUUGAUCAAAUUUUAAUGGGAAACAUGGAUUUCCCAUCACCGUAUUGGGAUAAUGUUUCUGAUUCAGCGAAGGAACUUAUCACCAUGAUGCUUCAAGUAGAUGUGGACCAACGAUAUUCUGCUCUGAAAGUUCUUGAACAUCCCUGGGUCAAUGAUGAUGGGUUACCAGAGAACGAGUACCCCCUUUCAGUGGCUGGAAAAAUCAAGAAACAUUUCAACACGGGCCCUAAACCAAACUGCACCUCUGCUGGUGUCAACGUGAUAGCAACCACCGCUCUUGAUAAGGAGAGGCAGAUUUUCAGACGAAGACGCAACCAGGAUGUGAUGUACAGAUAUGGGUCACAACAAGCGGCACCGGAAUUCACUUCAGAGUCCGAGGACUAUUCACCAAGCUCAUCUGAGACUGUUCGCUCACCUAAUUCACCUUUUUAAGGAAAUUCUUUAAGCAUAUAUGUAUGGGCUUAACCCUCCAAGCCUCAGAAUGACAACCAUCUAGAUAUCAAUUGUGGACAUUUGGGGGGGGGACUCCGCUAACGGUUUUAGGUGUGAAUAAGAGAACAUAUUGUGAAUUAACUGUAAAGAAAAGUCUGUUAUGCUAAAAGGGUACACAAUUUAAAGAAAAAUAUGUGCAAAAGAGUCUUUUAAUUAUCAUUUUUGGCACAUUGUUGAUAAACCUGGUUUGUAAAUACAUGUCAUAAUGUACAUACAGGCCUUCAAGUGGCGUUUUCAGAUUUAUUAAGGGGGGCAUAAUGAGAGCAGAAUAGCAAAAUUGAUGGAGAUUGCCAAUAACAGCACCGCUAUGAAUUAAUGUCCAAUAAUAAGGGCAAUAAAGAUAAGGGGAGAAAAAUAUACUCACAGUUCACCCCAGUCCAUGGGUGCAAACACAUGUAACAGCAACCAAAAAAGUUGUGAGUUUUUCUCCAAAAGUAAUAACCAAAAGUAGGACAUACAAACGCGUUUCGUGCCUAUUGGGGCACUUACUCAUAGGCUGAGUAGAUCCCCCAAUAGGCACAAAACGCAUCAGGCCUUCACCCUAUGUAAUAAACGGUUUGAACUUUUAGGGGCAGAUUUAUCAAGGGUCGAAUUUCGAGGUAAAAAAAUACUUCAAAAUUCAACCAUU